AGACCAUCUGUGUCGCUGUGUCAGUGUAAAAUAUUUUCAUUUUGUGCGUGAAAAACUCUGAAAUUUCAGUGCAAAAAGCUCAUCUUCACACCGUCUCCACGCUCUCCUCGAGUCAGGUCGCCCGAUGGCCGAUGACGAGGACAAAAGAAUGCCCUCCUGGGGAGAUGGCGUGAGGCCCUUCAACGGGGACUCGUACCCGCAAGGACGGUCUUACAGCUUCCUGGAGGACUACCAGAUGUCCCUGGGGGCGCACCAGAUGCACCCGGUGCAUCCAAUGGUGCAGCAGCAACCGCCAAGCGGUAGCCAUGUGGCGCCUGAGGACAAUUUCACCGUGCUCUCAAUGGGCCACGGGAGCUACUUGCGCCUCUACCACAACACCAAGGACGAUACGACCAAGUAUAACAACUACGAGCUCUUCUCCGGCAACACGCUGCCGAAUCCCGCCUUCCAGGCGGCCGCGGGCAUGUCGCGCAGCGUGGACGCGUCGCAGGACGCUGGCUACAGCACGAACAUGUUCCUGAACCAGCUGGUGGGCAAUUGGGCGCCGAAUGUGUCCGGCACGUACUCGCCCUUCGGCGAGGUGGUAGAUCACGGUGAGGAGGCGUCCGCUGGCCACCGCAUGGGCGCGAGCCAGCGUCCGGAAGCGGUCAGUGGUCCGGAAACGCUCGCGAAACCGUUCGAAAUCAAUCGACCGGCACCGCUGACGGAGAAUGGCCAGAGUGUGCACUCGCGUGACGCCAAGAAGCCGCGCAUGGUGGCCGAGGUGAAACCCAUGCGAAUGACUUACUCAGACGUCUUGAGCAAGAACGUCGCCAUCAGCACUGCCACGUCUGUUGCCACAAACACGCCUCCGCAGGCCGCGUCCAAGGCGCAUCACGGGGACAAGGGCAAGCCGGGUGAGAAGAAGACGCACGGACCGGAGGAGAAGGUGUCCGGGAAGGCGAAGAAGAGCUCCACCUCCACUCCGCCGCCCGUGAGGAGCGAUGAUCGUGCUCAUGCUGCCCACCAAGCCACUGCCGCCAAGGAUACAGCGUCCCAGAGUGCUUCCGACGACAGCCACUCGAAGGAGCCCAAGAAGGAGUCGAAAACUGCCAAGAAGAAGUCGGCCAAGGGUGGCCAGAAGAACGGGAAACCCAACGGAAAUCGGCAGAAGCCGAAGAACUCCAAGUACAAUCAUCUGUCGGACAACAAUGAGGAGGAUGAGAUUGAUGAUGAGGAUGAGAAUGACGAGACAGAUCAGAUGGGCUUCUUCUACAAUGUCGCCCAGACGAGCAACAGCAAUGACGGGAGUUACGUGGAGAAGUCGAGCAAGACGGUGCUGAUGAACAACAAGACGCGCUCCAGGAAUUCAGGAUCGGGCAGCAGAACGUCGGUGAACAGGAGUCGUGGCGAUAAUAACUCAGUGUACACGUCGAGGCGCAAUGCGAGACAGAAGAAGAACGACAAGUACGUCUUCCUGAUGCGAAUGCUUGAAUUGUGGCUGGAUUACUUGCUGAAGGCGGUGCUGUGGCUGGUGUCGCUGGUCACGGACAUUGUGUGGCUGAGCUAUGGCAUUGUGUGGGACAAGAUGUGCUCCAGCUAUGCUUUUGUGCGGCAACACUACAAGACGGUGUGCAAGGAGGUGCGCAACAGUGCCAAUCUCCAUCGGCGCUUCCUCGCGUUUGUGGACAGAAAGUUCCCAAAGAAUUCCAGAUGGGCCUUCUGGAGGCGAAUCUUCCGACGACAGCCACCCUUCGAGGCGACACUGGGUGCACCGGGUGCCGGCCAGGAGUUCUACAAGAACGGCAGACUUCCGCAGACUGGCGAGGAGGCGAUGUACUCAUUGCUGAAUUGCAAGGGGAAGGACGCGUACAGCAUUCUGGGUGUCAGUCAAGAUUGCUCUCAGGAGCAAAUACGAAAGCACUACAAGAAGAUCGCCGUUCUGGUGCAUCCGGAUAAGAACAAACAGCCCGGAGCUGAGGAGGCAUUCAAGGUUCUGCAGAGGGCAUUUGAACUUAUUGGAGAGCCUGAGAACAGACAAGCCUACGAGAGAAAUCUGGCUGAGGCGAUGAAUGCUGAGAAAGCCUGGACGGAGUUGAAUGAUCUUCUGACUCAGCUUCACACGAAAAUUGCUGAAGCGGCCAAUACAAUUCGCUGCAGCAGUUGCGGCUUGAGGCAUCCACGGAAACCGACCGGGCGUCCCCACUAUGCCGCCAGGGAGUGCAACUCGUGCAAAAUUCGCCACUCAGCCAGAGAGGGUGACAUUUGGGCAGAGACGAGCUUCAUGGGGAUCUGCUGGAAGUACUUGGCGCUGAUGGAGGGCAACGUGUACGACAUUACUGAGUGGGCAAACUGCCAGAAGGGCGCUCUGUCGCACCUGCAGCCCAACUCGCACUCUGUGCAGUACAGAAUUGUGCUGGGCAAUCAGCAGCAGCAGCAACAGCAACAGCAGCAGCAGCAGAAUCAGCCUGGCGGCAGUGGUGUGGACAAGAAGGAGGUGAAGAAGGAUUCGCAAUUCAGUCGUCCGAGCUUAGAUGAUUUCCUCACAAAUCUCUAUGGUGGAUCAAAUCAACAAUCUCAAUUCUCGUCAAAGCGCCGUACAAAGAAGAAUUAAUAACAAGAUGUGAGAGAGAGCUCAGCAUUUUCUCCCUUUUUACUUUCCUGUAUAUCGUUUUUCUUCGCUUCUUCUGGACAUUGUGGCUAUGAAAAGAGACCACAUGAAAAACACACAUGAAAUGGUAGAUUUACUCGUCCGAGAGAUCAUUUUGACUUUAGCAGCCGAUACUAACACACAAAUCAACUUUUUUUUGAGU